AUGAAAUCUUAUGGCGAUGAAAUGUAUAUCGAUCGAGAAGUUAAGGAAGGAUCGGAGCAGUCAUCGGGGCAGGAUAACUAUGAAGCCGAUGGCGGUGAUGAGAACAUCGCGGAUGAAGAAAGCAGUGAUCAGGCAGGACUUCAACGUACUCCACGAAGUAGCGGUGAUGAUGAGGAUGAGGACGCGGGAGUGAUGGAGGAGGAUGCACCUGGUCCUUCCAACUUUUAUGGCACAGAUCGCGCAGCAUUCCAUUUACCGACAAAUCUUGAAAUUCGUGAAGGUGUCGACUAUCAGUGUCCGGUACAGGACUGGACGACAGAAGAUGAUUAUUAUAAUGACACAGAACGUGAGACUUGCCUUUGGCGACCAACAAAUCUCCUGAAAGUUGCUGACAUUAACGAUUAUCUUUCCAUUGCGCUUUCAAGCUUCAAUAUUGAACAAGAUCGGGCAAUGUUUAUCUUGCAAUCAUCAGAUUAUAAUAUCGAAGAAGCUAAACAUCAACUCGCUAAACGACGAAUCAAAAAAGAACCGUGGAGUGAAGAAGAUAUGACUAUAUUUAAACAAGCACUGCAAACAUAUGGCAAACAUUUUAAUAAAAUCAAGCAGUUGUUGCCGCAUAAAUCGAUAAAGGAAAUUAUCAAUUUCUAUUACGACAAUAAGAAGAAACUAAAUUUUCGAAGUAUCAUCGAUACUUUCUUAGAAGAACACAAUCCCAAAUCCAGUAGUUCUGAAGACGGUGACCUGAACGCUGUAGAAAAGCAAAUCAGUCGAUGUUACAACUGUGAACAAACUGUAAAUCUGCGUCAAAUGGGUGAUUUAAAACUUUGCAACAGCUGUUUUAUUCAUUUCAGAAAUUAUCAUCGUCACAGACUGUGCCUAAAACCGAUGACUUUUGAUGGAAACAUUAACGAAACUAUGAAAUGUCCUAAAGGUAUAGCGGAAGUGGUGGAACGAUUUGUGGAAUUUGCAACUGAGGAGGAGGACGCUGCACAGUCAUCAUCAUUAAGAAAAAGCGUUAAUGAAAUGGGAGGUGAUGACGAUUUGCAGAUUGUUACUAUUAUUCGACCACCGGAAAUGCGAUACAUUCGAAUCUUAAAACAACUUGAACGAGAGGAAAUGAUUGCAAGAGGAAAUUGCGUACGAUUGGAGCAUACAUUACGAAUGCAGUUUGAAAAAGAUUUAAAUGAACAUCUGGAGCGUUAUCGAAUUAGUCGAUUUCCGUCUUCUGCAGCUUCUAGUCGUCCUCGACGUUCUCCAUCAUGGUCUUACAAAGAAAAAUGGCACGCGUUGUUUGCAUUUCAACGGUAUGGAAAGGAUUUUGAUGCUGUUGCGGAAGUGCUGGAAAGUAAGACUUCAGAUAUGGUGAAAGCUUUUUAUUACGAAAUGCGAGAAGAAAUUGACGAUAUGAUCACCAAAACCAAUGACUACUAUCGAAAGUUAGCUAGUACUUAUGAAUUUGAGCGAAAGGCCGAAGUUAAUACACCAAAAGAAGUUAUUGAUGUCGAAUAG